AUGUGUAUUCCCCGCGUCGCGUCCGUCAACCAGCAAGGACCAUCUCGAAGAUUCCUCCCGGGAUUGUAUUGGAUCUGGAAGGUGAUUCCUGCUUCUUUUGGAGGCGAGCCCGGCGAGAGGCGCCUGGCCGGGUUUCACCCGCCUGAUUCUGAGACCAGACGCUCACGGUGGUAUAGCAUAUUGCGCUUGUCCCGUGGCCAGGUCGAACGACCCUCUGCUCAGCCGUUGUUCAGAAGAGCAACGCUAGUCCAGUUCCUGAAAGCAUUCUCGGUGACUAUAAGUAGCCAUCAUGUAGCCCUCGGUCGGUCGGCCAUCUCGGCUUUACUCCGAUUCUUCCAACCGGAGUCUCUGGAAAUCUUCGUGAUAGAUUGCAAUCUCUUGCAAGCAGCGUAUCAAUCGACUGCCAGACCAGUUGUUCAUGAUCGUGCAGGCGAAUUAGAUGGAGUCAAACAGGCGACGAACUCGAACGCGAUAUCUGCGUCUACCCAAACGGUUUCUUCGAGUCCUGUUUGGCCGCCCCCGGCCGGAUCAAAUACGCUUCAUCAGCACUCCAAACGUGAACUCCCCGAGCAGGCAGAGGAAGAAUGUUCGAUCUGCACAGCAGCGCUACGAGGGCCGGCACCGAGCGAAUAUAACCCUAACCCGCCUCCACCAGAAAAGACGAAAAAGGUUUUCGGCGUCAAGCUUGGAAGUUUCGGUCGCUCACGUUCCAGUAAGAAUAUCGAGCAACCUGGAGCUACUGAGUUGGAUACGUGGCCUUGUGCACACGUAUUUCACAAAUGGUGCAAGACCUCUUACCUGAAGAGUAGACCAGAUGCGAGUUGUCCAAUUUGCGGACGUUUACCCAAUGGGGAUGCUCCCCAACCGCCACCCGCCGCUCGAGCUCGUGAAACUCAAGAUGAGAUUCCUGGGAUGUCUGCUGGCGGGUAUGGAUCUUUCCCAUACCCACAUUUCGGCUCUGGAUUCGCGCACCCCUAUGACAGCUCUGGAUUCGAGCAAUCGCAUUCCGGAUCGGGAUCUUAUUAUCCGUCACCACCUUACGGCGGGCAACCUUAUUUGCCAUCAGAAUACGCCUCACAAGCUUAUUCGCCCCCACAUCACGACUCGGGAUCAUACGGGCCAUCACACGGCUCGGGAUCUUACGGGAAUCCUGAGUACCCACACGGGCUGCAAUAUCAUGGUCAAAUCGGACAAGGGUCAUACGUAUACAGUGUGCCAGACUCGCCACCUCGCAUCCAAGACUCAGUCGUAGAUUACCUUUUCGGCCGGCCACCUCAACCCAGUAUGCCGAUGAUGCCACCAAUGCAACCCCAGUUCGGAAUCAUACCGGUCUAUCCUCGACCUGGAGAAACCCUCCACCCGAUCUCUGGGCUCGGCGGACCAUUCCCAUAUCCGCCACCGUCUUGA